AUGGAGGAAGAGAGGCAAAAGCAGGAGGCAGCCAGUGAGCAGCAACCACCACAACAACAAGCCAAGCAAGGGGUCAAGGCAAUAACUGUGACGGAGGCGGCUUCCAGCGCGGAUAUCAUGGCACUCCCACCACGCAUGGCAAGGCAUCAGGUGGGGUCCACGAGUCACAGUCAACCUGGGGCCUACGCGGAAUGCAGCAUGAGACUCCACCCAUUCUUACCAGCAAUUCCAAACAGGGCUGUGCCGUCCCCAACAGUCCCCACAGAAUCGGUCGAUGCAGCAAGUGUCAUCCACCCAAGAAACCUGGAUGAUGCAGCAACAACCGUUGAGGAACCAAACCAAACUGCCUCUACCCAUAGUAACAGCCUAGUAGUCGACGAAGAGAGCGGACUUGCAGUUGCCAGUGUGGUAGAAGAUCGCAUUAUGAGUGGACAAGAUCUGCCACAAGCGCAGCCAUACGACACGACCAAUCAAAACAAGACAAGGGAUUGUCGCACCAAGAAACUCCAGACAAUUGUCUUUAUAGGGGCCACAGUGCUUGUAGCCGUCAUUGUGAUUGCGGUGACAAUUGGGGUUUCCAAAAGCAAGGGAUCGACGCGUACUGGGAGCACGGAAGAACCAUUGAUGGCCCCGUCUGAUGCCCCAACCGUUUCUCCGGAAUUGCACAUCUUGUCGUUGUUGGAUGAAAGAACCAUCAUAUCCAUGGAAGACCCAGACUCGCCUCAGUCCAAGGCAUACCAGUGGCUGAUAGAAGACAUUGUACCAUCCUACUCGGACAAUCGCAUCAAGCAAAGGUUUGCUCUUGCCACACUGUUCUUCUCAGCUGGUGGUGACAAAUGGGAUGACAACACCCAUUGGCUCAACCACACUGUGCAUGAAUGUGACUGGUUCAAUUCACCAGAUUUUGCAAGAAAAGCAGAGUUAUCCAAGCUGUAUCCUGGAUCCUAUGCAGGCUUUUUGGAACCCCUUCCGACUUCCCAGUGCAGCAAUGAUGGCUUCUACCAACAUCUAUGGCUCGACCAGAAUAACCUCCUUGGCUCAAUUCCAAAGGAGCUGUUCAUGUUGACUACAUUGCAGACAAUCUCAAUGGGUUGGAAUCAACUUGGUGGAACCAUUUCGAACCACAUUGGAAAGCUUACAGCAUUGGAAGGACUGUUUCUACAGAGAAUGCGUCUAUCAGGUACCAUUCCCACAGGCAUCAGCUUGCUGACAAACUUGGUUGUUCUUGGUUUGAGCAGCAACAAUCUGGAAGGAGAAAUUCCUUCAGAUUUCUGGAAGCUCGCCAAUUUGAGAGAUGUUAGCUUGAGGCGGCUACAACUCAAGGGCACCCUGUCCACUGAGAUUGGUGCUCUUUCCAAGCUGAGAGAGUUUUUUGUGGCUGAGAGUGGCCUCUCUGGAACAUUUCCAACGGAACUAGGGAAACUCAAAGCUCUUGAAUCCCUUGGGGUGUAUAACAGCAGAUUUACAGGAAGUCUUCCAAGUGAGCUGGGCCAGUUGAAGGUGCUUUCAGGCUUCCGUUUCAACCACAACUUGUUCAAUGGCACUCUUCCGACGGAAUUGGGUCUUGCCACAUCCCUGACCAACCUUGUUGGACGGGACAAUCAAUUUUCUGGCCAAAUACCCAGUGAGUUUGGUCUUCUCUCAAAUCUAAAUUUUAUCCUAGACCUUCAAGGCAGCUUCCUGUCAGGCACCUUGCCAACUGAGCUUGGUAUCUUGACUCAGCUCAAGGACCUGGAGUUCCAGAACAAUCAGAUAUCUGGCCAGAUUCCCUCAGAGUUGGGAGAGCUCAGCUCUCUGGGACUUUUGAACCUUGCCAAUAACUCAUUAUCCGGGACGCUUCCAGAAGAACUAUCCUUCCUGCAGCAGUCUCUCUAUGGGAUAGCUUUGGAAGGGAAUCAGUUGCUUUCCGGGUCUAUUCCUGCAAGUCUCUGUACUCUUAAUGGAACCUGCAGCAAUGGUGGUUGGGAUCCAUGCAGGCCUGGUUUGUCAUUUGACUGCAGUGCUAUGCUUUGUGGCUGUGGUUGUUCCUGUCUGGAUUCACAUGGGCACUAAAAGUUUCAGCGCUUCGGUCUUGGCAUUCAACGUUCAACCUUGCACAAGGGGACUUCUGGCAACGCUAGCUGCAUUUUUAAUUUUCAACACAUUCUUAGCAUCUAUAACGGGAGACGGCCUUACCUCAUCACUCGAUGAACCACCAUAAGCAUGAGAUUCAUUCAUUCUCCGCGGAAUCCUCU